AGAAAUGGCUCUCGAGUAAAGCAACGAAAUAUAUAAAUCCCCACGAUGCUCCCAUCCCAAGUACCUAGGCUUGCCCAUCUUCUCUAGCAGGCAAAGCACAGAAUUAUAGGAACAAUCCCACCAACCUAAAGCUAUACCCCCAAGUACAACUCACUACUAGCUAUCAUCAUGUCCACCGCCGCCGCAAUCCCCAUCGCUUCCUUCGGCAACAACCCCGAGGUCGCUCAAGCCAUUCGCGAAAAGCUCCUUCCAGGAUAUGACGUCGUCCACACAACCCUCACCCUCUCCACCUCCCUCUCGGAACUUCCCCCUCUCUGCACCGGCACCUUCUCCCACCUCCCCUCGUCGAACCUCGGCUCCAACGCCACGGCCGCCACCCCAGCCGACCUCAAGGUGCCCAAGGCCAUCAUCUUCGGCGGCGGCGUGUCCCCUUCGGACGCCGAGCAAGUCAAAGAAGCGGUGCUGGCCAAGAACCCAGACAUCAAGUUCGUCCAACUCACGCGGGAGGAUAUGGUCGCCGCGGGGGCCGAGGGGCCGGAUCCCGAGGUGAUUGGACGCUUGUUGAAGGAGAGAUUGGCCGAGGCUUUGGCUUGAAGCUUCGUUGGAAAACAACUGAACCUACUUGCAUUCGUGUUUGGUGUGGUUCGGGAUGGGGCUUGCUAGUAU